CCCGCAGGAGCCACCAUGGAUCUGGUCCUGGAAGCUGCCGACCACCACCUGCUGACGCCCUACGUGUACCCCGCGGGGUGGCCCGAGGGCGAGCCCUGCCGCCAGCUCCUCAGCCUCUUCGUCAUCACCAACCUGGGCGCCCUGGCCCUCUACCUGCUCUUCGGCACCCUCAGCUACUACUUCAUCUUCGACCACGAGCUCAAGAAGCACCCCCAGUUCCUAGAGAACCAGGUGCGCCGGGAGAUCAGCUACGCGCUGCGCUCGCUGCCCUGGAUCAGCGUGCCCACGGUCGCCCUGUUCUUCGCCGAGGUGCGGGGCUACAGCAAGCUCUACGACAACAUCGAGGACUCCCCCUAUGGCUGGUCUGGCGUCUUCCUCAGCAUGCUGUCCUUCCUCUUCUUCACCGACAUGGGCAUCUACUGGAUACACCGGGGACUCCACCACAAGCUGUUCUAUAAGCGCUUCCACAAGCCCCACCACCUGUGGAAGAUCGCGACGCCCUUCGCCAGCCACGCCUUCCACCCCGUCGAUGGCUUCAUGCAGAGCCUGCCCUACCACGUGUACCCCUUCCUCUUCCCCCUGCACAAAGUCACCUACCUGGGCCUCUACAUCUUCGUCAACGUCUGGACCAUCUCCAUCCACGACGGCGACUACCGCGUGCCCCGCUUCCUGCGGCACGUCAUCAACGGCUCCGCCCACCACACCGACCACCACCUGUACUUCGACUACAACUACGGGCAGUAUUUCACCCUCUGGGACAAGAUUGGCGGCUCCUACAAGAGCCCCACGUCCUUUGAGGGCAAAGGCCCCCACGACUACUUGCGCAAGCUCCGGGAGAAAGAAACGGGGGCGCCCGACGGCCUCCUGGCCUCCAAGACUGAGUAGGCUCCCCCUGGCCUGCCCCCUUCUCCAGGAUGACAUUCCCUGGCUGGAUCUUGUCCUGUUCCUCCCUGGCCACUUGUGGCUGUUUUUCCACGGACAGAGAGCCCCUGUCCUUGAUGGUGUGACCAGCGUGGGGCGAUUCGUGCUGAGCCCGACCCUGACCCCAAAACGGCGGCGUCCGGCCUCGCUCUGCACCACAGAUCUGCCCUGUUCUCCCUGUUGAUUCCCUUCCCAGCUACCUUUGGAUCUCUCUUAAGGUCCCCUGCGCUGCUUUAGUGCUGUGCUGCUGCUUUACAACAACAAUAACAUGGCACAAAUAGGACAAUAACGUGGCACAAAUAGAACAGUAACACGGCUCGUGGCAGGGUCCCCG